AUGAGAGACUUUAUCUGCCAGCGUCUAACUGCGGCUGCUGAAGAAAUAUUCACAGAGUUUGAAAAAACCGUCGUCCAUUACGAGGAAGAGAUCGAUCGGCUGUUGGAAAUCACAUUGAGCCCCCGAGUGCAGCUGCACAGAAUAGAGGUUUUUCUCAAAAAGGUAAUCUUGAUGUCCAUAAAAGAACCCACUCGGGUGAUGGUGGCCGGAUUGGGGCCGAGACAGGUGGUCACCCUGAGAGCCAGAUCCACGGAUGAGAGAGGAGUGGUGUUCAGCUCCUCCGCCUCCUACCAGGCAGAUGGCGGAGGAGAGAUCCACCUGGACAGGGACCCCUGCAUCUGGGGGAGCUACGUGGGAGUGGAACCAAUGGGUCUCCUGAGAUCCCUGCGGCCAGAAGCCUUGCAAAAAUACUUUUAUAAGAAAAAGGCAUUACACUCUCAUAUCGUAAAGUUCUCUGUGCAUGAGGACAGGGAGGAAGGCGGGAUUCUGGUGGGGUCGACCAAUGAGAGGCUUCUGAUUAGAGACGGGCAUAUGAGAGACUUUAUCUGCCAGCGUCUAUCUGCGGCUGCUGAAGAAAUAUUCACAGAGUUUGAAAAAACCGUCGUCCAUUACGAGAAAGAGAUCGAUCAUCUUGAGAACCACAUGAGAACUCAUAUUGGGGAAAACCCUUUUUUAUGUCCAACAUGUGGGAAAAGGUUCAAAACCAGUUCGCAAUUCUACAGUCACCAGAAAGUUCACUUUGGUGGAAAACCUUUUGUGUGCACUAUAUGUGGGAAAGGCUUUCCGGUCAAAUAUCAUCUUAAGGUCCAUGAAAGAACCCACUCAGGUGAGAAACCUUUUGUGUGCACUAUAUGUGGGAAAGGUUUUUCAGCGAAACGUUCUCUCGAUUUCCAUAACAGAACCCACUUAAGUGAGUGA